UAUGGGCCAUAAACCACAUUUUUAUAUUCGUGGAAUUAUCACAUUUAAACUAUCACCGUUUGAACAAAAAGCAUUUUAUGGUUUUAUACAACAAGAUAUAAUUAAUAAUCUAUUGAUGAUUAUCAGGAAAUCACCGUUUUGGCUACCACCAUUUGCUAUAGGCUAUGCUGUUAUGCAAUGGGGUGAGAGAACGAAUGCAGCACUUCAGCGUAAAAAUCCAAAACAAUAUGAAAAUGAUAAAUAAAUACGUAAUUUGUGGAGGAGCACCA